CUCUCCUUCGUCUUCGCCAGUUGCACGUUGAAUGCAAAGCCGGUGAAGAAAGAGAGAAGAAGUCCGCUCUGCCCGGAUACGAGGUCGUUUGCCACCGACUUCUCGAUCUCCGUCGCCGCCGCCGGUCUUGCUGACAGCCGAGACUGAAGCUGAACGGAAGUUGCCGCCAUUCUUAUCCCACCGGAAUUAGACGACCGAUCGGAACGCCCUCUUCGGCAGCGGCACACAUGAAUGUUCGCUAUGGGAGCUUCCUCGAGAGUCCUCUCGAUUCCGAGAUCUCCGUUGGUCGCAUGUUCGUUGCUGGUCGUGAUGCAUGUCCUCUGUGUAGGAGCAGACAUGACAGACAAGAGGAAGAUUUUCAGUCAAGGAGGUGCAGAGUCUUGGGUCUUCUAUGACUGCGACCGAUGCAAUGGCAGAAAGGAAAUACACACAGCUUAUGCAGAAGCAGGCAAUUUCCCAGAUGAUGAGGAUAUUGAUAUUGUUGCUACAUACAGCGACACUACUGGAUCUAUUAGGCUUGGUAGGGUGAAAAUGAAAGACCUUUCUCCUUCCUGGGUGUGGGAUAAUCCAAUCAAUGGAAAGCAUGGUCGUCAGAUAAACUUUCAGGUAGAAACAGCUAGUAGCAAUCAAUCUAGAAUGAUAUUAGAAGGCAGAAAUCAUCAUCAGCAAAUGCAAACCUCACCUGUGAACCCUGUGAAGCUCAAGCGCUGGAUGAUGCGGCAGGAAAGGCGGGAACGAAGAACUGCUGAACUAAUUCGACUAGAUAAAGAAAGAGACAGUCAGAUGGUUGAUGCUGCAAUUGAACGGUCUAAAAACCUUGAUACUACUAUCCAGGGAAAAUACAGCAUAUGGAGGAGAGAUUAUGAAAAUCCAAAUUCUGAUUCAACUGUGAGACUUAUGCGAGACCAGAUCAUAAUGGCAAAAGCAUAUGCUACAAUCGCCAGAUCUAAGAAUGAUACUGUUUUGUACAAUUCUCUCAUGAAACACUCUAGAGAGAAUCAGCAAAUUAUCAGAGAAGCAAGUUCCGAUGCUGACCUUGACCCUAGUGCUCUUCAUCAAGCGAAAGCCAUGGGUCACAUGCUCUCUCUAGCAAAAGAUCAACUAUACGAUUGCCUUGUAAUUGCGAGGAAAUUAAGGGCAAUGCUACAAUCAGCUGAAGAAAAUGUGAAUUCUGCAAAGAAAAAGAGUGCCUUCUUAAUUCAGCUAGCCGCAAAAACAGUUCCUAGACCAUUGCAUUGCCUUCCUCUGCAGCUAGCAGCAGACUAUUAUUUUCUGGGUCAUAAAAGUGGAAAAGAUCUGGGCAAGGAGAAGAUUGAAGAUCCUUCUCUCUACCAUUAUGCCAUCUUUUCUGAUAACGUACUGGCAACAUCUGUGGUGGUCAACUCUACAGUGCAGCAUGCAAAGGAGCCAGAGAAACAUGUUUUCCACAUAGUCACAGAUAAACUAAAUUUCCCGGCAAUGAAGAUGUGGUUUAUUGCCAACCCCCCUGCAAAAGCAACAGUUCACGUGGAGAAUAUUGAUGAUUUUAAGUGGCUUAAUUCUUCGUACUGUUCUGUGCUGCGUCAACUAGAAUCUGCCAGGAUAAAAGAAUACUACUUCAAAGCAAAUCAAGCUUCCUCCCUGACUGCAGGGGCUGACAAUCUCAAGUACAGAAACCCAAAAUACUUGUCGAUGCUGAACCACCUCCGUUUCUAUCUCCCUGAGGUCUAUCCAAAAUUGGAGAAGAUUCUCUUUUUGGAUGAUGAUAUUGUAGUCCAGAAGGACCUGACGCCUCUUUGGUCUGUUGAUUUGCGUGGGAUGGUAAAUGGCGCAGUGGAGACCUGUAAAGAGAGUUUUCAUAGGUUUGAUAAGUAUCUCAACUUUUCUAAUCCUAAGAUCUCUGAUAACUUUGAUCCCAGCGCUUGCGGCUGGGCCUUUGGUAUGAACAUUUUCGACCUCAAGGAGUGGAGGAAGCGAAACAUCACUGGGAUCUAUCACCGUUGGCAAGACAUGAAUGAAGACCGAACUCUCUGGAAACUUGGAACACUCCCUCCAGGGUUGAUUACAUUCUACAACUUGACCUACCCACUAGAUAGGAGGUGGCACGUGCUGGGGCUGGGCUAUGAUCCCGCCCUCAACCAGACGGAAAUAGAAAAUGCAGGCGUUAUCCAUUACAACGGGAACUACAAGCCAUGGCUGGAUUUGGCCUUUUCCAAGUACAAGACAUAUUGGUCUAAAUACGUCCAGUACGAUAAUCCGUAUCUCCAGCUCUGCAACAUCAGCGUAUGAGUCCCAUCUCUUCGGCGCUCACACACACAGAAACACGCUCUUGCUCUCUGCUGUAUCCAGACGGAAAGAGCAAAAAAUUGGAAAGAACAAAGAAUUGUUUUCCUUUCUUCAACAGAAUCCAUUAUUCCAUCCAUAGGGCUGAAAAUUUUUUCUUCCUUGUAGAUGCUUCAAAUUUUGACAUUUCCCAAUUACAUCAAAGAAGAAAAUGUGUAAUUUUACAUCAA